ACUUUCUAAACCAAAGUUGUAAUUCCCAGUUAGCCGAUUUACGUUACCACGUUUAAGGGUUUAGUUAUAUUUAGUUAUUUUUGCUGCGAGAAAGUUUGUAGGGAACGAUCAGAAAGAAAGUGGCUUUUGAGUUACAGAGAAGCGUAUGGCCACGCCCACUUGCAUAUAUUAUUAUUAAAAGAUUAUAAUAGCUUUCAGUGGUUCCCGAACAAAAGCCAAGCGUUCAUUUUAAGUCGUCUUAAACGUAACUUAUAGAGAAGUUCUCUCAUAGCUUCCCAAGCCAAAUUUAUCAUAAUUUCUCUUUAGUGCGUACGGACGUCGUAAUGCAUUUAAGAAGGAGAGUGAGAUGAAUAUGAAUGAAAUUGCUCUAUUUCCCAGAGCUGCGUCCUUGAUAGAGUGCCAUGCAGACUUGGCCAUGGACCAGGUCACAUUUAGAAGUGACACUGUUCUGUCUGAUGUGCACCUGCUGACACCAAACUCUUGCCAUCUCAUGAAGAGACUAAACAGCGUAGGACAGCCAGUCUUCACUUCGAAGUUCAGGAUUCUGCGGGACUCCAAUGGGAAGGACUCGAGCAGCCUGUCUCCUGUCCGUGAGAGCACAGACGCGUCGAUUGUCCCUCGGGAUGAAGAUGGGGACCUGGAUGUGGUCAGGAGGCCCAGAAACAGCAGCUGUAACAGGAAUGCAGUAUGUCCCAUUAUCCUAAGCCAAUCCACGGCAACCCUGACCGACGAGGAGGAUGAUUCUGAGGAGGAGGAUGGUGCCCGUGAAAUCAUUAAGAUCGAGCAUACUAUGGCGACGCCUCUGGAGGAUGUAGGGAAGCAGAUCUGGCGUGGUGCUUUCCUAUUGGCCGAUUUCAUCCUGGCACGAGCAAACAUGUUCAAAGGCGCCACUGUCCUUGAGCUUGGAGCUGGAACAGGACUAACCAGUAUUGUCGUGGCAAUGGUGGCCAAAACGGUGUACUGCACAGAUGUUGGUGACGACCUUCUGAGCAUGUGUCAGAGAAAUGUGACUCUGAACAAGCAGCACUUUGAACCCCAAGAAAGCGAAAUAAGAGUGCGUCAGCUGGACUGGAUGGCAGACGAAUUGUGCACAGACGCUGAUUUGGAGUUCUGCUGGACUGACGCAGAAAUAGCCGACUUACACGAUAAUACCACUUUUGUGAUCGCCGCAGAUGUGUGUUAUGACGACGAUCUUACGGAUGCUCUGUUCAGAACGUUAUACAGACUUGCGAGCAACAUGCGGCACCCCAGCACAACCUACAUCUCCAUAGAAAAGAGAUUCAACUUCACGCUAAGACACAUGGACGUGUCCUGCGAAGCUUAUGAUCACUUCCGCCACUGCCUAGACCAGUUACAGCAGAUGACAGAUGGGAAGAUGAAUUUCACGGUAGAGCCCGUGAAGAGCUCCUUUCCUCAGUUCUUGCAGUAUGAAAGAGUGGAACAGCUGGAACUUUGGAAGGUGACGGCAGAAAGACUGUAACAAGUAGCGCCGAAGGUUUUUAUGUUACCCCGUAACACCAGGAUUUAUAAUAUUUGCAGAAACAAUCUUGUUUUAUUUAAAUAUAAGUCCUUAGUUUGAUUUUAAGUUAGCUUGAAAUGUAUUUAUUAAAGGCUUUGAUUUCGCUUUUUCGUUGAAAAUUGGUUCUAAUGUAUGUUUUGCUGUGACCUGCUUGAAUUGUUAGCGUCAGAAUUUUUUUAAAGGAUCAUUGGGAGAGGCUUCGAAUAAAGACUAUCGACGUUUUACGAAAAUUUGGGGUAGUAUAUUAUUACCUGCCUAAGAGCAUGCAUUACUAGACCUGUAGAUCUUUGAGGAUCUGUGUGUUUUCAUUAAAUGAAUUAUGCUUGAGCUCA